AUGUGGAGGACCUAGUUAAUCUACUCAGAGUUUGCAAGAGAUGGAAUGAACUUAUCGAGCCAAAUGAUAACCUCUGGCGCAAGUUUAUUCCUAACAUUGCAGGCUUCGAUCCACCUGCUGCAGAAUCUGCUAGGGAAGUUAUCGAAUCUAUUUGGAGAAAGAGUAUAAAAAUUGGAAAAGAGAGAUGGUAUCCUGACGUAUCACAAGCUUUCGUAGCCCGAAUGGCAGAAAUGAAGAAGUGUAGUCAGUGGGGGUUUUCUGGCAAAGACCCUAUGAGAGCAGGGGCUACACUCUACCUUAGACUUAACCCCAUAUAUGACUUUGUAAAGAAAGGGGACGAUCCAAAUAAUACAGAACUACUAGGUGUGAUGAAAGAAAUUUAUGAAAUGUUUAAUAGGGGAAAGCCAUACUUUGACCCAGCAAGGGAUUCAUAUGAAGAUGAUACUGAUGCAAUUGAUCCCGAUGACGCUGACAUCAAAAAUGAAAAGGACGUUAUGGAAAAGUCAUCGUUAAGCAAUUACAGUGACACAAUAACCUACGUUCAAAGUAUUGUGGAGCCUCCGUAUGCUACAGAGGUGUACGAUAUAGCACCGAGGGAUCUUGAGGGAUUCUCACACCUGAACGAAAUCACAGAUGAUACUCCACCACCCUAUGUGUAUGAAGGACGAAGUGAUAGCGAAGAUGAAGAAAUGCAGAUGCUACAGAAACACUACAAAACGCCAAAGCUGUCCGUUUACAAAGAGGUCAUGGAGAUUAUAUGUGGAGAGGAUGAUACAGCAAAGACAAGGCAGUUUUUUCUUAACGAUGGGUGUUUCAAUGAAAACUAUGAAUAUUCAUGGGAAAUCCUAAUUGGACCUUAUGCAGCAGUGUAUGAAUCAAGAUUCUUUGAUUUGUAGACGUAACAUAUAUCCAUUGAAUAACACUUAACAGAAACUAUACUCUCAUACAAUACAAAGCUUUUGCUUUAAGUUAACAGUCUGUUAUUUUCGUAUAUCCAUAGUAGAAAAGUUGGAUUAUAGAUUUAUUUGUAGAUUGAGUUUGUAUGAAAUGCAAUUAUAUACAGUACAUGCAGUAGGCUAGUACUAUCAAAAUUUACACAUGAACAGCUGUUUUAUCAGGUCCAACCACUGAUUAGACUCAAAAAGAUGAACUGUACUGUAUACUGUUCAAUGAGUGUCUACUAGACCGUCUAUAGCCUGCUUUGUUUUUGUCUAUUUCAAAAUUGUGGAUAUUGCCCUGUAGCUGAGUCUGAUGUCAAUAAUAUUACAAUUUUGACAGUUUCUUCGUAUCUUUCAAACAGCUCUGUACGAGUGAUGUUGCCUCUCCUGCGCAUCCCCAGUGCAAUGUUACACCUGCUCCCCCAUGCCCGUAGUUAUGCACCACCUGAAAAGACAGAUACAAGAUAACCUGACUAAUCGAUCCAAAAAACACUUGUACCGGCC